CCACAGGAUUAGCAAGGCUGGCUGUCAUACUGGCACGAUAAAUUACAACGACUAAAAUACUGUAAAUCCACCACCAUCCAAUGAGUACUCUUAAAGCCCAAGGAUUUGGCAGACGAGAUUAAAAAUAUUUAUAAUAUACAAUGCAAGUAUCAAAGUUAAAGAAUUUGAUAAAUGAUUUACCCAAAGGCCCUUUGGAUAAGUAUAGAAUACGUGCUAGGUUUGAUUGGAAAUUAUUGAAGCUAAAUUUAGAAGGAGAAGAAGGUAUCAAAUUUCAGAACAAAAUAUGGUCAUUUAUUAAGGACAAUCCACUAUUUAAAGUAAAUUAUACUUCAUCAUCAUUGGACGAAAGUCGUAGAAUUUGUACAGCUCGAAUUCGUGCUCUUCUAGAGAAUCAAAUUCAUCCAAUUGAAUAUAAAGGUUGGAUAAAUAUACUUUUUCAAUAUGAUUCGUCGAUCCCAAUCAAAAUAAGUAUCAUGCAUGGAAUGGUUCCAAGUACUAUUUUCUCUUUAGGUACAGAACGUCAUAUGGAUAUUCUGUACAAAUUCUUAAAUCAGGAAUAUUUAGGUGUCUUUGCUUUAACCGAAAUAUCUCAUGGAACAAAUGUUAAAGGUAUGAGAACUACUGCAACAUAUGAUGUGAAUAGACAAACCUUCUGUUUACAUUCACCAGAUUUUGAAGCUGCAAAAUGCUGGGUUGGUGGUUUAGGAAAGACUGCUACACAUGCCAUUCUUUUUGCACAAUUGAUUACGCCAGAUGGAAUAAAUCAUGGUCUUCAUUCUUUUAUUGUACCUAUACGAGAUCUUGAUACCCAUUUACCGUUGCCCGGUGUAACUGUUGGAGAUUUAGGCGAAAAAAUUUCACUUAAUGGGGUGGACAAUGGUUUUGUAAUAUUUAAUAAUUAUCAUAUUCCACGUAUAUACUUAUUAAAUCGAACAGCCGAUGUUACUGAAGAUGGACAAUACGUAACAUCCUUUAAAGAUAAAAAUAAAAGAUUUGGUGCAUCAUUUGGCGCAUUAUCAAUAGGACGUUUUAAUAUUACAUGGAUAUGUUCGACUUAUCUUAAUCUUGCACUGGUCAUAGCAUUACGAUAUUGCGCGGUUAGAAAACAAUUUGGUCCAUCGGAAAAUGAAGAGUGGCCUGUAAUAGAGUAUCAAACACAGCAAGCUAGAUUAUUUCCACAUUUAGCAUCUGCAUAUGCAAUAAAGAUAUUUUCGCAAAAAUAUGUCGAAGCUAUAUUUAAUUUUCAAAUGAAGCUAAUUGAUAAAGAAAAUGACAAUAACAUUGAAAAAGGUAUUGAGUUCCAUGCAUUAUCUUCAGCUGCAAAACCAUUGUGUUCAUGGAUUGCACGAGAUGCUAUUCAAGAUUGUAGAGAGUCAUGUGGUGGUCAUGGAUAUUUAAAGAUGUCACGUUUAGGAGAUAUUCGAGCUGAUCAUGACGCAAAUUGUACUUACGAAGGUGAAAAUAAUAUACUUAUUCAACAAACAAGUAACUGGUUGUUGAAUCAAUGGUCUUGUCUGUUAAAUGGGAAAACUAUUUCCUCUCCACUUGGAACAAUAGAUUUUUUAGCAGAUAGUAAAUAUAUUCUAAAACAAAAAUUUAAUUGCACCACAGUCGAAAAAACGAUAAGUCUUGAAAAUUUAUUAUUUUCAUUUCAAUGGUUAUUAUGUUAUUAUUUAAAAAAAACUUAUAAACAUGUACAAGAUCUUAAAGAAAACGGAUAUACUGAUUUUAUGAUACGAAACGAUUCACAAUUAUUUUUUGCACGAACAUUAUCUCUUGUAUAUGGAGAAUAUGUUUUACUUAAAACUUUCAUCGAUUGUAUAAAAGAACCUAUUUGGAGAACAGAAGAAUAUGAGGUACUUAAAAAGUUGUGUUCUUUGUUUGGAUCAACGACUUUGGAGAAGAGAUUGGUAGAUCUGUAUGCUGGUGGUUAUGCAUCAGUCGAUAGUAAUAUAGACGAUAAAUUGCGACAAGGUAUUAUAACAUUGUGCAAAGAUUUAUUGGAAGAUGCUGUAGCUUUAAUAGAUGUAUUAGCACCGCCUGAUUAUAUUGUUAAUUCUCCACUAGGAAUGGCCGAUGGGAAUGUAUAUAAACAUAUCCAGGAGAAGAUUUUCGAAAAUAAGGAAAAUUUAGAACGUCCUACAUGGUGGAAAGAAAUAUUACCAUCUAGAUUAUGAUAUAAAAUAUCUUUUAUAUAAUUGGUUUCAUUUGCUUAUAUUUUAAAUAUCCCAA